AUGAUUUCCUUAUCAAGUAAUAUUCGUUUCGAACGACUAUCUACCAAGAUAGCGCCUACUAUGCAUGGUAUCACUACGCUCGAUGAGGUUCCUGCGAAGAAGAAACACAUUACUAAGACGAAGGAAAUCGUCACUACCGUACCCAAAACCAUCGUGCUACCCACUCCGUCCACCCCAACGAGACAUCUCUUCAAGACACCCGUUACCCUCGCGAUUGGCCCUACCAAUCACCCCUUCCACCUCCAUCUCGAAGCCCUCUGCUCGAUCUCUCCCUUCUUCUCCGCUGCCUUCAACCCCGCCUACUCCUUCCGCGAAUCUGUUACCUCCACCCUCUCCCUACCCGAGUGCAAUCCGACAGAUUUUGAAUACUUCGCUCAAUGGCUCUACACACGCACCCUAACCCACGAGAGCCUAGAUGGGCCCCAUCCGGCCUAUUUCAAGCUGAUUAAGCUUUGGAAGCUGGCGAGCUUUCUCGGUAUCACGGCACUGAAGAAUAGCAUCGUGGAUGAGAUCGGGUGGAGGGCGGACGAGACCAAUAGCGUCCCGACGCCGGACGAUACGAGAUCUUUGUGGGGAGGCGAGGAAGAAAUGGGUGGGUUGAAGGAGUUGGUGGUUGAUUUGUUUGCGUGGAAGAAGACGGACGCGCUGGUUCAAGGACAUCCUGAUAGCUGGGAUGAGAGGUUCUUGAGGGAAUUGGUGGGGAGGUUAAAGAGAAAGGGCAAGGACGCGGCGCCGUGGAGGGAUAAUGAGGAGAGGUGUAGGAGGUAUCAUGAGCAUGAUCGCUUGGCGCCUAUGUGUGAGGGGGUCGAGGUACUGAAGGAGGAGUAA